ACUGAUAAUUUAACAAAGACAACAAGAUAACAAGGGAGAUAAAUGAUUCAUGGGAUUAAAAACGAAAUUAAGAUUAUUAUUUAUGGUAAAAUUGUUUAUGUUUAACUAGUUUUAAUAAUUAUAUGUGUCGUAUAAGCAGUAUUUUUUUCGGUAAAUCUUGUUGAUAAGUGAAGAGACACAACGCUUCGGUGCUCCUCUAUGUUAUCCGUAAUAUCAUACUCCUAUGUGAAACAGCAAUAUUUCAAAUGGGUACGUUCAUGACUUUGACUGGAUAUUUGUAUUCGUUACAAGUAAUUUUGGCGAAUAUAGUAUUGGUAUCAUCAGCCAACUACAAACAAUAUUUUGUAGAAAGCGACAAUUUGUGUUCGUUGGGGUUCACACCUAAACGUUUACAUAUAGGUCGAGAUGAGAAUUCGGGUCUUCUUGUCGAAGAAAUUUCUUAUUUUAAGCAGUUGAGUGGAAAAUACCCGUACAAUUGUAAGUUUACCGUUGAAUCGACCGCAGAAAUGGGUGUUUUCGCCGUUAUACAGAAGCUGAAGUUACGUAAAAAUACUACCACCGGUGAAUGUAUAGAUUACGUUCAGUUUCGCCAUUCGUCAGCGUUGCAGCUCGGCGUAGUGGAUAUAAAUAUAGACCCAGAUCCUUGGGGUGUGAAACAUUGCGGUGAUGUUAAUGCCAUGGAGGUAGAAUUCACCGAUGCUGCUCCAUUGAGCUUAUCUAAUGUGUUACCGAAUGCUUUCAUCGAUCCGAAAGGAAAAAUUGAUGUGAAGAUAUUCGUCAAAAAUCAAACAAUUCCGCCAGGAAUGGAUUUAGAUUUGAAAAUCGCAUUUACUUCUUAUCAAGUUUGUCGAUUUAAUAUGGGAAAUUAUAAGAAAUGCAGCAGCGACGCGUGCAUUUGGUAUACGUAUUUUAAUGAUAAAAUAUUGAAUUGUCCAUUUACUUCGUGCGCUGACGAAGGAGGAUGCCAACUAGUUUACGACGCUGCAAUCAAACCUAGUGCCGGGCUUGCGACCAAAGUGAUGGUAGGAGCGGUAGCAGGCGUUUUUACCAUGUUCAUCGUAUUCGUAAUGUUUCUAUGGUUAUUCAGACACUGUUCAGUAUGCUGGAACGAUUCGCCCCAAAAUUCACCUAAUAAUUCGCAAAUGAGACCUGUGCCAACGGUGGACGAUGUACAACCCACUGCACCGCACGGAUCACCUUCGUUGGAUAAAGAUUUACCACCAUCGUACGAAUCUCUAUUUCCUAACGCUUGAUUUUUUUUUAUUUACUUGUGAUACGUUAAUGAGUUGAUUUCUUAACGCACAUUUUAAACGAUUUUGGUACAAAUCGAAUGUGGACUGAGUACCUAUUAUAUUUUAAUAAUUCCAUUCUUAUGUACGUAAUUCAGCGAACAAACUUACCAUUUUAUUAUACUUCCACUUUUGCAAAGUUUCUAGUAAGUAAAGUUACUGUUGAACAGUAUUAAAAUCACUGAGCGUCAUCUCGUCAUCAUCUAAGUAGAUGGUUUUCGUCAGUAUUACGGUUUUUUUGGUUUUAAUCGUCACAGAAACGUUUCAAGUUUCACAUCACAGUAGGAAUCUUCUCUUCGAAGACCAUUUACGAUGCUGCGGAUGAGCUCGAUGGUAAAACAAUCGAAUCUCUUUCGUAUUAAUGACAGUAUUUUACAUAAUAAUCUUCCAACGCUUACAUAAUAACUCGACGGUAAUUCCAGAAGCCCGAAGCUUCUGCGGCAACCCCUCCUGUGGAAAUAAUUGAAUUUGUUAUUCUCAGUUCUUUGCAAUCGUAUUGCUUUUUUAUUUUUACCAUGUUCCUAAAAACUACAAAUUUUAAAUAUCUCAAAAAUUAUUUUUUUUUCAAAUGUACAUAUUUUACGUACAGCAUUAUAUUGUAACAUAAUUUUUAUUUUAUUUUGUACAUGAGUCGACGAAUUAUUUUUUAACAGUAUUUUGUAAUUAUUUUUUUUAUAGAUUUUUUAAAAAAGUAUUUCGGUAGGUGUUUAUCACGUUUGAAACGUUUUUUUUCUCGUUUUAGCAAGAUUAUUUUGGAGUACGGUGACCUUUUCAAGUAUUUUUAUUUUAUUGUUCGUUUUAACCCAGAAUUUUAAAGUGUAUUUUGAAAAUACCGAAGUAUGUUUUUAUCGAAGUAAUUGUAUUACCUUUACCUUUAUACGCCUUGCGCCGCCUUUAAAUGUGUUCAUAUGGUAUUGUGAUCAUACUGCCCACUUCCACCUUUGUUUCUCACUGUACAAAGGCUGUGGCUGCGGAUGAAUUCUGUAUCAUCUUACAUUCCCAGCAGACACUGUUUUGAACCAAAAACGAAACGUUCUGAUAUCAUGAAUGAUACACAAUUUUCUCAUUUUUUUUCAUAUUUUUUUUCCUUUUAUAUUACUUAUAAGUUUUAUUGUUAUUUUACUUGAAAUGUUUUUUUUUGUAUGUACAUAUUAAAUAUACCUGUAUUACAGUUUUAUUCCUCGAG